AAUUUUGGAGAUUUUUCGUAUUGCUGAUCAAGCAAAAAUUGAUCAAAAGAGUGCUAAGAAUUUCUCAGUGAAAAGUGGAGCGUACAAUCCACCUCCUCCCAAGGUCUCCUAUCGUAAAUGCUUUUCAAAAGACCGCUCCUGAGACUGCUCACUCUCCUAACUCUCCUUAUGCUUCGGACGAGGCAAACCUAUGGAGUUCUUCUUCUCAUGUCUUCCUUCAGAUGAUCGUCCACAAGAAAAAGACAACAAAAAAUCAAUGCAAAAGGUUUCAUGCUAUUGAAUGCCCGUAAAUUCCUAAAAGUAACCUCGUAAUCCGAUCGUCUUUAUCCUCAAUACUGUUCAUUAUUGAAUUGCAAAACAUUUGCUUCUCCAAGUUGACAUAUUAUCGAUCUUCUCCCAACUCUCUCUCUCUUCUUUGUCUACGGGGUUUGUCAUCAAGCACUAGUGAUGCGCUUCACCGCUCAGCCAAACGGGCUGUGUGGGUGAGACUGGCGCGUCGUUUUUCAAUAUAUAAUGACAUACAUUGUGUAGCCUGAGGACUGUAGGUUAUUCUGUAGGAUGUGUGUGGAUAACUGAGCUCAUUAUCGAUAAGAAAUCGUGCCGUGGUCACAUCACAGUAUCUUUUCUAACAUCUGUCGAAGGUCUACAACCGAGCAAAGAGUGAUGGUAAAUAUCGACGAGGAUCUUUGCAUUCACUCGUGAUCUGCUCAUCCAAACAUUGUUGUUGAUUUUAGAUCCAAAUGACAUAAUAAUUCCAUGGUUUGGACGCGAACGCGUCUCUCCCCAUGAAGACCAAUCAAAGAACCUUCUUCCCCACUCGUUUUAACAUGCUGUAGUCUGGUACCGGCAUAGCUUUUUCUUUUGGAAAUGUCGUUGUCGUACAUGAGGUGGAGAAAGCUCCAAACCUCUACAAUUUUUUGAGGUACGGCAAUGGAAACCAACUCUUCACAGCAGUGCAAUGCACUGAAUGUCUCCGAUGAGAAACGAUGCUUGGAAAAUGCUACAUCUGUCAAUGGAUUGUUUUGUAGCUUCCACUCUAAACAAUGCCAAGGUCUAUAUCGUGGAUACAAACUUCGUACAGCUCGACUGAAACGACUAGACAAAACCCCACCACCAUACCUUGCAAAUGCGAAAAUUGCCCUUGGAAAUGAGACUUUUAAGGAUGUUAUAACGGAAGCAGAAUGUAAGGAAUUACAUGAUUGGUUAUGGACCAAGUAUCAGCUACUGGAAAGAGUGAUAAGAGCGAGAAAGCUGCACCAUAGUCGAUUUUUCAGUCAAAACAUGGAUUAUGGGCAUGCGAAAUUCUUGGACCAGCUUAAGAAUCAGAAAAUACAUGUUACCUACGUAUUAGAAAAACUCGAGAGGAGAACUACAGAGAUUUUAUAUCAAAAUCAACAAUGGUUCAAAUGGGUACGAGAAUGCCAGGAUGACGAAGAAGCACAUCACGAAAAAGAACAAAAGAGAAUACAGCAAGAGGCACAGCUAUGGCAGAGGAAUUGGAAGCAAGCAAAACAAAGAAUGAAGGAGAAAAUGAGAAGGGAAGAGAAGAAGAAGCAAGAUACUUUCCUGGAGAGAAUAUACAAGGAGAAGAUGAAGGAGAUAGAAGAGAAUGAGGUUACAGAUGAUGAUAUGGAUUGGGAUCCUAUUGAGGAUGAGUUGGAGGAUGGACGAGGAAACUUUAUAGACCUCAUGCGGCAUUUCUUAUGGAUAUGCUCGGAAGAAGAUCCAAAGCUGGGCGAACCUUCACCAACGGAAAUUGACAAGAACAUGUUGAUCGAAAAUGAUGUAGCAUCUCAAGAACCACAUCCCAAGGCGAACAGUACUGACGAACUUGACGACCUUGUAGCCCAAAUCGAGUCCGCUGGUGUUACCCAAAAGUCGAAGAAGAAGAAGAAAAAGAAGAAGAACGGAGCAGCUACGGCAACUACGCCUUCCCUUUCCACAACGACAAGUAAAUCAACACCCGAGCCACAAGAGCUACCGGAUAAAUCUCUGAUCGAAACUCGAGAGGACAUGCAUCACAGGUUGGCUCAUGGAAUAAAAAUUGACCUUGAUGAUGUUCGGGGGCCCAUGGUGGCUGGAACUGUGGAAAAUCCUCACAUCCAAACAACAACUCGAACGUUUACAGAAUUCGAAAUCACACGACUGCUUGACGAGGUGUCCGAGAUUAAGCACUUAUUGUUUUGUAGAUUGUUACUUGCACACGCCGCUUUACUUCCGGCAGCUCUUCGCGCUGAUAUGACUGGCACCGCCCUAAGAGACGUUUGUCUCAAGAUGGAGAAACCUAGCCUUCAAGAAAUUCGGGAUGCAUGUGCAGAUUUCUUUCGAUCAGACGAAGAAAAAGAGGAGUACCCCGAAGCAGAGACUCAAAGUGAGAACCUUGAUGAUCAUAAUAGCUCUGGUCUCAGAGAUGUUGAUCCUUAUGAUGUCAAGAUGAGGCUGAGCCGGAAAAAACGUGGUGAAUUGCCUGGAACAUGGCGUUCAAAGCGGGAACUCUCGAGAGAGGAGGCGGCUCAAAACAUGCUUGGAAUGGCUCCAUCUAUGCAAAACAUCAUGGGGGAUAUGGAGGGUGGUGCGAUUGAUUUCGGCGAUUCCACAAAUUUUCAGCAAGUGCGCAAGAAGAUCCGCGUGAAGAUUUGUGGCAGAAUGAUUUGGAAUUAUCCUAGUGAUAAAGCCAUGACUCGUGGAGGUUGGUUACAUUUCUCCAUCAUCGCAAGGGAUAGUAAUCUCAAUACUGCAAUUGAGUUAUGUCGAAAUUGGGAAGAGUUCUUUGAGUUGAACAUUUUGGCUUACUGGGGUUACUUUCCUGCUUCAAACUGGACUUCGUGGGUUGGAAAUAGAUUAAAGCAGCAAGCUUUACAACUGGGCUUCAUCAUGUACUACGAAAUUUCAGAUCCAGAUGCCAAAGAGCUUAGUGUCAGUUUCUCACAGGGAGGACGUAGCAAACAAACCCGUCGUCAACAUGCUAUAUUCCAAGCAAGGAACGUAAUUUGUGCCCAUAUCAAACGAAAUGAUCCAUCAAGUCGCCGUUUUAUUCAAUAUCUGUCAAUGCAAAGUCAUCGUUUAGUUCUGCUUGUGAGAGAUGCUGAAAGUGGUAAGUUGUUAGUAAAGCCACCCGAAGAAGAGCGAUGGCUAUGGCGAGAAAAGAGCGGUCGUGGACGAGCAGUCAAGAAUGUAUGGAACGUCCUGAAAAGAAUUGGACCUGAAUUCUUCGAGGAAAUGGAUCGUCAUCGCGAAUGGAACUUUUCUUUCAACGACUAUUACGAUGUUUAUGUUUGGGAUCUCGAGCCUGGAGAAAGUUUAGCUCCAUUGUAUAAUACUGUUCAACAGAUGCUUAUCAAAGCCAUCCGGGCAACCACGGGUAAAGACAUGUACAAGCCAGCUGCUUCCAUUCUGCAAACGCUCUAUCGAGACGAAGAUAGCCAUUAUAGGGAUGUCAGACCAGGUGAUCCCCAACAAUUCGUAAACCAAUGGGAUUACCUUCAGGAUGACAGAUCAAAAUUCUAUUAUGGUGACAUUGAUGGACCAGAUCGUAUACCAACUGAACCAACAGACUCAUGGCCAAGUAAGCUCUUUUACAAUGAAGCAGAUGCUCUAGAAGAUGAGGUCUUGUUUCCUGAAGAACGAGCAGAAGAGGAAUCUAUUGCCCAAACGGCCGUUGGCAAAAAAGACUCAUUGAGAGCGUUUGAGGAAGAAGAUUUUUCAAUGAAAAGAUUCGUAGAUGGAACCUGGAACUGGGAGUCGGAAGAUUCCGAAGACGACGAAUCGGGCAUCACUAAAAACUCUGAAGGUGGAUGUCAAGGGCAUCACGAAAGCCUAUUCGGGGACGACAGCGAUGAUGAGGAGGACGAUGACGGAUUUGACGUCUUUCCAAAGGAAUUCCCUAAAGAUCUCCGGCCUACCGUACACAGACUUGCCAUGGAGAAGACAUACAAAGACGACUAUCCCAACGAUGAUCUACAAGAAGAAUUUAUGAAAUUUAUCGAAAAGACAUCAUCUAGAAAUUUCAAAAAAGCUUGGCACCAAGCAGACAUGACUCCCAAUGGACAAGAGCGGUAUCUAGAAAUGAAGAAAUUGACCCACAGAUCCUGGAGAUAUAACCAUUCUCGUAGACCUUUCUUCAAAGCAUCUUCAACAAUACUCAAUUUUCGGGUAAUGAGUUGGCUCAAAGUGACAGCCGAUGAUGUUAAAGAUGCAGAGAAAGCUACGGGUAAGAUAUAUCCAUUCUUCAAUUCGGAAUUCUUUGACACGGAAGUGGGAAAGGGAUUCAAAGAAUCUUUGAUUUUCAAGCAGGAGGAACGAGCCCGGAAUUAUCCAGAUAUCAGAACAGAUAAAUCUACGAUCCGCCAACCCAAAGAAUUUUAUGCCGAUCUCGAUGAAUUCCGAAAGAAAAUGCGGUCCACAGAUGAUUAUUCGGAAUUUCCUCUCGAAUGGGACAUGACAAUGCGACCUAUCAUCGCAAAACUAUACAAGUCUGGGAUUGUUCGCAGUCAUGCAUCAUCAGCAGCCAGCUGUCAAGCAUUCCAAGGUACAGAGCCGCAUCGUCCUUCCAAACCCGAUCUUUUUGUCGAUUGGCGUACGGUUAUUCCCGAUCUCGAAAUGCCAAGCUGGAUGGAAGAUCCCUUCAAGAUUCCACCCCUCCUUAAUACUGCCCAGAAAUUCUCGACUUCCAACCCUAAUGCCAAAUUCGCUAUACUUCGCUUGUGGAGUGCCCCCUACUUCUAUCCUUUGACGGUUGGCCACGAUAAACGUGAUAAUUUUACCUUUUACGAUCUUACAGGUCGUAUGUUUACUUGGUUGUUUGUUCCGAAGGAUCUACCCAACUCGGAAUUCAGUAUGCAUGUGAAUUGUAAAAAUCGAAUUGAACCAUUCAAGAAACAGUUUGGAGAUAAGGUAGUGGCGAAGAGGGAUAAGUAUCUGGUUAUGGGGAAGGAUGAAGAGGAUUUGGCGAAGUAUGUGGCGGGAGUGACGUUUGCGGUUCAAAUGAGACCGUGGAGACAAGAGGUGGAUUUGUGGAGGAGUUUUGUUAAUGUUGAUAUUAAGUUUUUGGAGGGGUUGGAUGAAAGGUGGUGGGAUUAGAGGGGGUGAUAUCUUUGGGGUGUCAUGACAAUGAGGAUGAUCAUGGAGGAGGAAUUAUGUGAUGAUCGUAAUACAAUAGUAAAUCUUGUAGUGAGGAGGUGUAUAUCUUUCUUGAAUUUGAAGAUUUAGAACCUGUUGUUCUGGUCAGUUGAAAUAUGCAGGUCUAAUAGGAACCGCAAUGUCCUCGCGAUGAUUCAUGGUGACUCUAAUUUUGCCAUGUCAUUCUGGAAAUAGAAUCGAAAGAAUGAUAGAUCUCGAGGUAUUGGCUUGGAUGGAAGAGAAAAAUGUCUGUAAAGAAGAAUUAGAUGUAUAGGUAGAGUAAUAGCAAGCAUUACGACUUCUUGUUACAUCAACCGCCUUUCUGUGCACCUAUUGUUUCGCUGUCAUGUGCAGUGAACAGGUGGGCGCUUGAGUAGAUAGGAUAAUAGUCGCAGCUUGCGACAUGGUGGACGAGCAAUGAAUGGUAUAUAAUUAAUGGAGUGGAUAUUUUCUCUAAUAAGACGUUCAUGUUGUGAGAUACUGGAUACAUUUUCAAUUUGUGGAGUCGUGUUUGGUGUUGAUGGGAUGAUAGGAAUCGAUUUGUUAGGUGAGAUGUUGUUCGCGCCUAUUGUGGUGGGUUUCGUAUACUGUAUGCUUUGUUCAUCUUCAAUGCCAUGAUUGUAUUAUUACCGUUAUCAGUAUUGUUAUAGUCGU